UCUCCGGCUUUGCAGUUACAAUCGGCGCACAUUUAUGCUUAUUAUUCUAGUUAGCUAUAUAAAUCUUUUCUGACAUUUUGUGGUGGAUGAUAAUGUUUCGCAGGAAGCUUACGGCAUUAGACUAUCAUAACCCUUCGGGCUUUAACUGCAAAGAUGAAACUGAAUUCAGAAAUUUCGUUGUUUGGCUCGAGGAUCAAAAAAUCAGACAUUACAAAAUCGAGGAUCGUGGAAACCUCAGGAACAUCCCCAGCUCUGAGUGGCCAAAUUAUUUUGAUAAGUAUCUCCAAGACGUAAACUGCCCCUUCGGCGCGCAGGAUAGGCAAGAGACCGUAGACUGGCUGCUGGGCCUUGCGGUUCGCUUUGAAUACGGUGAUAACGUGGAGAAGUACAGAAACUGCACACCUGUAACAGAGACCAGCAAUGCCCAAAAGCCAGCUGACCCUCUAAUUAACCUGGACAGCAACAAUCCUGAUUUCAAGGCUGGUGUCAUGGCCCUUGCAAAUCUCCUUAAAAUUCAGAGGCAUGAUGACUACUUGGUGAUGCUCAGGGCCAUUAGGAUACUUAUCCAAGAACGUCUAACCCCUGAGGCCAUUUCAAAAGCUGGCCAGAGAAAAGAGGGAUUACCAGUUGAUUUGGAUAAGCACAUUCUAGGAUUUGACACAGGAGACGCCACUCUUAACGAAGCGGCUCGGAUCCUUCGUCUCCUGCACAUCGAGGACCUGCGUGAGCUGCAGACUAGGAUCAACGAGGCCAUUGUGGCAGUGCAGGCCAUCAUAGCCGACCCCAAGACAGACCACCGUCUUGGGAAGGUGGGCAGAUGAUCGGCCUGCCUGCUCCAAGCAGCUCCAGCCAGUACGUGGCAUACACAUGCUCAUCUUGCUAGAGUGGUCAGUGCUGAUUGGUGUAUUUGGACAUGGUGUCAGCUUUUCAUGACAUGGCAGUGUGGAUAUAUGAAAUUGAAACUUACAUGGUUGUGUGUGUGUGUGUAUUUUUUUUUUUUUUUUUGGUGGUUAUUGUUCUUUAGACUUGAAAGAGGACAUGCAUUGCAUUGGAGGGAUGUCAGAUGUGUCUCUUUACUGCAAUGUGAAUCUACACCAUAACUGUUCUCUUUGAAUUGGUUAGUUUUAUUUGUGGGGUCACACGUCGUAUAACAUUUUUUUUUACCGUUUCUGUCUUCUUUGGUUUGAUCAAAAAGAGGGGGGGAACAGAAAUGGUGUGGGUGCGCAUAUAUAAAUACAUAAAGUGCAUUAAUA